CUGUGAGUGUCUGAUCACACACUGGAAACAUUUCUUAGAAUUACAGGGGGAAUAGGAAAUGAGGUGUGAGUCAGAAAUAAAUGUAUUUCUCAGUAUCGGGGCUGGAUAAGAUCGCACAAAGAAUGAGUACUUAAGGCCUUGAAUAAAACACGAAGGACGUGCUGGAGUAAGGGCAGGAGUGCUUGCUUAGCUCCUGGCACCAGCUGGUAGCUGGGCAUAUUCUGGGCAUGACUGUUUUUUUCCGUCAUCGGGCUUUCCUAGGCUGGGUGUUACUUUCACAGUCUCUUGUGUUUGAAGAAUCUCUUCCCUGCCCCCAACAGAGGAAAUUACUUCCUUGUCUUGUACUCCAUUAGUUUUCACCAUGUAGCCUGGAAAUACUCUUGAGAGAACAGGCAGAGGGUUGAAAGAAAGGAUUGAAACGAGACAAUGGAUUGGGGAGCUCUGCAUACCAUUUUGGGAGGUGUAAAUAAGCACUCCACCAGUAUCGGGAAGAUUUGGCUCACAGUCCUCUUCAUCUUCCGUAUCAUGAUCCUGGUUGUGGCUGCAGAAAGAGUCUGGGGAGAUGAACAAGAUGACUUUGUCUGCAACACACUUCAGCCUGGCUGCAGAAAUGUUUGCUAUGAUCACUUUUUCCCCAUCUCUCACAUCAGACUCUGGGCCUUGCAGCUGAUCUUUGUUUCCACACCUGCACUACUGGUGGCCAUGCAUGUGGCUUACAGGAGGCAUGAGAAGAAAAGGCAGUUCAGAAAAGGAGACCAGAAAUGUGAAUACAAGGACAUCGAAGAAAUCAGAAAACAGAGGUUUCGUAUUGAGGGCUCCUUGUGGUGGACAUACACCAGUAGCAUCUUUUUCAGACUGAUCUUUGAAGCAGUCUUCAUGUACGCGUUUUAUUUCAUGUACGAUGGGUUCCGAAUGCCUCGCUUAAUGAAGUGUAAUGCCUGGCCCUGCCCCAACACUGUAGACUGCUUUGUUUCCCGACCUACUGAAAAGACGGUGUUCACUAUUUUCAUGAUUGCUGUGUCCAGCAUUUGCAUUCUUUUAAACGUGGCUGAAUUAUGUUACUUACUGACAAAAUUUUUCCUCAGAAGGUCUAAAAAAGCUGGAAAUUCGAAACAGCAACCCAACCAUGAGAAUAAGGAAGAAACCAAACAAAAUGAAAUGAACGAGUUAAUAUCUGAUAGCUGCCAGAACACAGUUAUAGGGUUUUCAAGUAGCUAAGGUGGUGUCAAUGCUGAUGUUCACUCUUUUUGGAGUGAAUGUUUUAUUUAAAGGCUGCAAAUGAAAUUUGUUGUAUGAAACAAAGUUGGGUGAGAUUUUGAUGCAUAGUGUCAGAUGUACACGUCUGGGAAAAAGUCAGGGCAGCCUAAACACGUGAAAAUUGUGUGAGGAUUAAAUAGGAAGAUACGCUUUCCUAUGAGUACCCUUACAAGCUGACUUUGACAAGUGGGAAGCCCACUCCUACCUUCACGCUGACACAGCUCCUGAAAACUAAAUGCAACAGCAAUAAGAACAAAAUUUUCCAAGCUAGGUAUUUCUAGUAUUACAUGAUGUUUUGUAAUAGUGAUAGUUUUUACUUGUGAACUGAUGAUUAAAAUAUUUUUCUAAAAUCUAAGAUUCCAUGUUACUUAAGGUGUUAUAGCACACAACUGACUGUUUUGUUUCUUAACCAGGCAUAUGCAGAUGAACACUGUAAUACCAUAUUCAUAGGGAAGAGACAGCAAUAGGCUACAUACAUCUUCACAGCUUUGCAAGUGCUGCUUGAGUCUGGACAGGUAGCUUGAGAUGCUUGCAUACAUGCUGCUGGCUGUAGAGGAAUUGUAUGAAAGCCCACCAGUGUGGAUAAUUGAGGUAGCUAGAUUCUGAGUGCAAAGUCAUGCCUAAAAACAGCACAAGAAUAUAGUUACAGCCUAUGUAGACUUGUUUAAAUAUCUAGCAGACCUCAUAAUUUUAUCAGUCUUUUAAUUGCUUACUGCCAGUUUUAUAGCAACUUACGUAAGUUUAUGUAGAUGUUUAUUUCUCUAAUGUAUUAGCUGUAUUUGUUUCUUUAUGCUGUAUCACAUCAUGGAACUUCUUUGGCUUUGAUUUGUUUGCUUUUUUUGUACUAGACUGAUGGUGCUGUUACGAGACUAGAGGCUGUCUGGUUUCGAGGACAUGGAAAAGUAUUACUGGAAAUGGAGCAAGUCUUCUGAAUAAAAGGCAAACACUUUAACCUUU